AUUACAAACCGGGCAGAAUGUUUGAAGACGAUGCCCACAGCUCCGACGAAGAGAAUCCCGUCCCAGAUUCCGACUCCUGUAAGCCGAAGGAACUGAACCGAUUGUUCGAGCAACGCAUCGAGCCGAGUUCGGAAACAGCAGCCUCGUUGAAGCGGACAUGUGGCCUUCACUUGGCGCUGUCCAACGAUAGCCGCAAACUGGCGGUAGGUUUAUCCCGGAAGGACCUCCAGCUGUACGACCUGGGUACCAACGGGGAUUUGGUGCUGAGUGAAGCUAGCUUUGCCACGUACGAGAGUGCAAUCAAAGGUGUUCGAUUCUUUGGGACCGAUCCCAACUCGCUGAUGGUUUGCACCGAGGAAGGAAACGUUAGCUUGUACGAUUUGCGUUCCGGAGCUAAGGCGAUUCAUGUGUUCGACGAUACCUCGGAAGGGCCCAAGAAGACCAUGACCGCCUUCGACAUCAAUCAGAAUGAUCGGGUGUUGUGCGCUUCAACGGAGGUUCAAAAGUGCGGGGACACUUUUCUGCUCUUCUUUGACAUCCGGGAGCGUACGUUUCUGGGAAGCUACUGGGAGUGCCACAGCGAGGACAUAACCAACGUUAAAUUCCACCCGACCAAUCCGGACCUGCUGAGCAGUGGGAGCGUAGAUGGUCUCAUCAAUGUGUUCGACAUCUCCAAGUCCAACGAAGACGACGCCAUGCAGACCUGCUUCAACGUUGAGGACUCUAUCGAAUCGAUCAAUUGGCACACGAGUCCAACCGACCAGGAUUGGAUAUCGUGCAUCACGACCACGAACAACUUCCACCUGUAUGACACCGAAACGCAGGACAUGAUCGUCGAGUUUGAUAGGGCGAAAAUUACGGAAUCCAUGAAGAGGACCUCUUCGAUAGACUGCAAUGUGAUCAACAGCCACAACGAUGGGAACGGGGGAUUCUUCCUGCUGGCGGGGUCGAACUUUAACAAGGGGGAAUGUCUACGCUCGCUGAAAUACGACAACAAGCACUUCCUACCGCAUCGGAAUUUCCUACAUAACAGGCAAAUCAUUCGGGCCAGCGUGUACAACGAAAAGGAACACUGUCUAAUCACAACCGGCGAAAGUGGUCUCAUCACGGUGUGGCGCUGCGAGGGUUCGACGGAUCAACCGCCAUCGGAACACGAUAUCAGCGCUAGCAAAAACUUGAAACAGAAGUUGCACAUUAGUCAUCGUUCGAAACCCUAUUGAGCUUCCCGGUAUUAAUGGAACCCGCAUAACCGUAAAAGUGCAUCGGGUAUUUAUCAACGUUCUAAAGUAAUGACUGUAAUCGGCACUCGGUUGGUUCAAGUAGGUAAGUUUUCGUCAAUCCGCAUUCGGAGUGCUUGUUUCACAUUAUUGUUCAGUGUCAUCCGAGACGACAUGGGUAGUGGCGAAAGUUUGCUGAGCGCCGAACAGCUGGACGAGUAUGCCGAGUUGACCUAUCUCACCCGG